AUGCUCAAGCGCCCCCUGGCCGAGUCCGAGUCGGCGUCGGCGCUGCCGCCUUCGCCGUCGUCUGCCGCCAAGAAGAAGCGGCGGUCGCAGCCCAUGGGCAACUUGACGAACCUGCAGAAGCGCCAGCUCUGCAUCAAGUUCUCGCAGGUCAAAAUGACGCAGCAGGAGCUCUGCCAAUGGGCCAAACGCGAGUUCCAGCUCGCGCAUCUGCCGCACCAGUCGACGAUCUCCAAGAUCCUCGCGCGCACGGAAGAGCUCACGCAGAUGGCGCCCCGGGACCUCUCGGCCCGUCGCAAGGGACUCGUGACGCACCCGGAGCUGGACACGGCGCUCUGCAAUUGGGUGCUCUGUGCGCGGCACAACGGCCUCAAGAUCUCGGGCGACAUUAUCAAGAGCCAGGCCCGUGCGCUCGCGGCUCAAUUGGGGAUCACGUCCACCAUGAGCUUCUCGAACGGCUGGCUCGGCGGGUUCAAGAAGCGCUACAACAUUCGCUUGGGCACUGCGGCUUCGGCCAUGGACAGUGGCAGUCACAGCGUCGCGAUGAUGGCCAGUCAGAUCCACUCGCUCGAGCAGCUCCAGCACGUUGCACGGAUGUACGACCCCCGAGACGUCUAUUGUAUGCAGGAGACGGGGCUGUGCUAUGAACUGUCGCCGGAAAAACCAGCAGGCAGAGCACGUGCAGUGAGGAAGGAGACCAGCGGCGAGAGACUCACGAUCGUCUUGGCCGUGAACGCCGACGCGAGUGACAAGAUGGAGCCCAUGUUCAUUGGACCGUGCAAACUGCCGGUGCUGCUCACGGAAGAGCUGGACACGGAGCUGCGCCACUUUUAUUACCAGAACAAUCGACGGGCGUGGAUGACGCCUGUUAUGUUUCAAGACUAUGUCUCGGCUAUUGACACGAGGAUGCGGGACGAAGGACGCUAUGUCCUCUUGCUCGCGUCACCGGCGCCGUCUCAUGUCUCGCUCGGACUGGAGCUGACCAAUGUUCGACUGGAGAUUUUGCCGUCGUCUAUGACCGAGCCGUUGUCGAUGGUGAUGCAAGUAGCCAUGUCAGGGACUGGUGGCGAUGACACUGCGGGUCUGCCAGAGGCUUCGGAAUACAUUGCUGCAGCUGAAGUGAUUGCGACGCCGGUGCCCGAGUCGUCUCCUACCGAGUCGAUUGCGACGCAAACGCAAGCUGUGAUGAAGAUACAGCCAGAGACGGAGAUGCCAGCUACGUCGGUGUCAGACCUCGAUAACUCUGCUGUGAUAGCGAAGAUGGUGUCGUCAUUGGCUAACACGGCGGCCGUGCAACCGUUUGAUGCGGGAAUCAUUGGGGCUUUCAAGCGGCGGUACCGGCGGUACCACAUGCUAUACGCGCUAGACCGCUUUGAAGCAGGACGAACGGAUGUGUUCCACGUCAAGCAGCUGCAAGCUAUGCGGUGGGUGCGUCACUGCUGGAAGCAAGAGCUGCCGGACGAAACAAUUCGCAAGUGCUGGGCUGCGACAGAGAUUCUUGUACCGAAGCCGAUUCCCGAGACGAUGGCAGCAUUCGAGUCGAUUGAAGAGGACAUUGACAAGGAAAUAUGCGAGACGGUGUCGGCACUAGAUAUCCUGCGACCGCUGCCCAUUGACGAAUUUGUAAGCCCUCGCGAUGAAAGUUUUGGGAUUCACUGCGCAGGCUUGGAAGAAACAGACUUUGUGUUUACCGUGCCCGACAGCAGCGAUAACAAGCAGAAUGUCACAAGGCCCUCCCCUGGUGUGGCAGAUGCAGUCAGGCAGCAAGUGGUGGCGUCUACAGGCUUGACGCCGCGUCUGCAGGAGCUGCAUGCGCGCAUCGAAGCGUCAGCAUCAUCGGCUGCAGUCGCUGCAUCGACGUUGAGUCUAGCACCAAACACGAAGCCGGUUGUUUCAGGAGAGAAUAUAGCCUCUGUCCCGACGUCGUCCGCAAGCGCAGUGGACGUGCCCAGCUUACCGACGUCUUCCUGUACAGUUGUAAAACCGCAUGCUGAUGGGCCUGCGACAAACGAGCAACUCAUUGGAUGCUUUAAGAUGCUGCUGCCGGAACUGGAUCGCCUGCGGUUCGACGACCACACGAAGAAGAGCAUACGUAAUACGUUUCGCAAGCUGAAGGAGACAGUCGAGCAGCAGGCUCUGGACUGCAAGCGCGGCACCACAAAGAAGGCUCAGCCGCCCCAGUCUUUCCAACCUCAGCCGCAGUCUUCGCUUCAGGAGCAGCAGGCACAGGUAUUACAGAUCCAGCAGCUACAGCAGAUGCAGCAGCAGCUCAUGAUGCAGCCGGACCAAGCUAUAGCAAUGGCUGCCCAGACAUCGCGAAUUGGCGAGGACACCAUGUUGUAG